AUGAACAAUGGGAAGCAUCGGUUCUACAGUAAACCUUGUCUGGGUGGAUUGAUGGGAAAGAGGGUCAGGGUGGAUCUUGGCUAUGGCCGCUGGGUGGAGGGGGUGCUUGCAGAGGCAGACGUCUUCACAAAUCUGGUCCUGUCAGACUGUCACGGGUCGCGUCCGCUGGCUCCUUCUGAGGCUGCACCAAUCACCGUGUUUCCGUCCUGUGUGGUUCGUGGCGCAGCUAUCAAAGCAAUCCUACUGGUGAGCCCCGACUAG